AAGAAAAGAAGGGGUUGAGGGACUCCGAUGAUGGCCUCAAGAAUGACCCCAGGAGUUUUCAGCCCCGGCCACGGCGUUUGCUGUCUGCUGAUGGGAAAGUCUUCCUCAACUUAUGGUUCAUACCCCAUCCUUCUGAAGUGCUGGUUAUGUUCAAAACUCUGCCAGAAAAGGCAGCUUUUAGAGCCUUAAAGCUAACUCUGCAGCUGAUAGCCCCUCUCCAUGACAUUGUGGCCUACCUUUUCAGUUUUGCUAAACUUGGAAAUUGUCCAGCAUGUUUUGAAUUUCCUCUGAGUCCUAACCCUCUGAGAGGUGACUGGGGAGGAACUGAGGGUAUUGGAUCUGAACUUCAAGAGCUGCAGAAAAUGAUUGACAGCCUCCAGAGCCCCCAAGACCCCACUCUGGUAUCUCAGGUCCUUCUCUUCCAAAGGGAGGUUAUGUUUCUUCAGUUUGAUGCUGCAGUGAGGUACCUCAUCCGACAAACGUUUUUGGCAGCUGGAAGUGCUUCUGCCUACCAGUCUGUCACAGACGGCAUGUAUCAUGGGUUGCCACCACUGAGCAACUCUCCAAUGAAGAGCAUUUUUGCUUCACAGCUCAGCCUACCACAACCACUGGAUCCACAGAGCCUCCAGUCAUUUGUGCUGUUCCCUUGGAGAGCAUUUCUGGAAGAUGGAGGACCGUUUCCAGUUACAAGUAGCAGCCCAGAUACCCUAGAAUAUCACAUGCAGCUAUGCCUCUGUGGACUGAGUGGCCAUGACCUCAAAGUGGCUCAUGGAGAGCUGGCAGGCAUGCGACUGCUAAUGGAAGAUGUUCUUCUGAGUAACUAUCAUAUGAUCAUGGAGGGUCUCCCAGGACAGCAAGCCACACCAGACAAAAAUACACAGCCAGAUUUGUCCAGAGUGCCAGGACUCAGAAGUCCGUUCCAAAGCAGCCCAAAGGCCUCCAAGCUGCUGGGGGGCCUGUGUGAUGCCAUGAGGUCCCUUGCUCUGCUGAGAUCAUUUCUGGUGCUGUGGAAGCAACUGGAAGUGCUAAAGGAGCACUGGGGCCGACUCAAGCUCCAGGUCCAGGACAUCAACUCUCCCUGUCUCCACAAACAGUUCUCGGAGCUCUAUGGAACUGAUAUUCUCUACCCCAGCAUGAAAGCUAUAGCUAGGCGGAUGGGGAAAGAAGAUGAAUUUGAAGAAAUUUUAAUAACUAGUCAGUGUAUUCUUCCCCCCAAAGGAGCUUCAGAAAUCGAAAUAAAAACUCAACAGCUUCAGAAACUUCUGGAAAAUCUUGAAAUUCAUAUGAUCCAGGAGGUAUUAAGGAAAGUUAACAAAGAGAUAACACUGGUUGUAUCAGAAAAGUCCGAGGAGCAGCAUACUCUGCCUACAGACCUUUGGAAACACCAAGUCAUGGAAGAAAACUUUUCAAUUAUCAGGCCGCAAAUAGUUGAAAAUUUUGUACAGAGAUUAUUGGAGAACUACCAGGAUGGUGGAUUAGAGGUCACUUUCAGGAAAGACCACCUUGAGGCCUGCCUCCUUUCCCUGGGUUGUGAUGUGAUGGCCAGAGAACGCAGCAACUUCGAGAGCUACUCCAUGUGUUACGAGCAUAUAUUGGAGCACGUUAGACAGAAGCUCUGCCAGAAGGAGCAAGAAUUAGACAUUAUACGAAGAGGUCAAAGUCCACCUGAAGACAAGGCUGGUCAGGUUGCAGAACUCAGUCAUAAUAUGAUCAUGGAAAUCACUGCCCUGAGAGCCCGACUCACGGAUUUGGAGGAGGAGAAUCUAAAUCUCAAAAAGCAAAUUAGAAAAGAGGUCCAAGAAGAAUAUGAAGCGUUAGUCCAAGCUUUGUUUGUGACAUGUGUGCACAUCAAAGAGAAGUUGGAUGAGAAUCAGCUUAAUUUGAUCCAGAAAGUGUGUGAGCUCAUCGGCGAAGUAAGAACAGAAGGGAUUGACAACAUGAAAAGCCUAAAGAAGAAGUGGGGCUCUGCCAGGCCUGACGAAGAAAUGAAAGAAAAUCCAGCCAAAGAGCAGCUGCAGGCCUUGGAGCAGGACAACUGCGCCCUGGCCGCCCUGGUGCACAAGCUGAGGAGCCUGGGCCAUUGGAGGCUGGUGGUGCGGCAGGCACACUUCCGGGGCCAGCUGAGCAGGGCCGAGAAGGAAGCUGUGCAAACUAAAAAAGAGUGUUUGAACAUCAAGCUAAUGGCUGAAAAAGAAGUGGUUUUAUUUCGUCAACAGCUAUUGGCUCUAAGGCAGGCCCUGGCUAGGGCUCAGGCGGACAGUGUGAAGAUGUGCAGGCAGCAGGAGAAUCAGGCACAGUUGCUGAAAGAGUUAGAACACAGAAUGACCCAGGAAGCUCUCCACAGGCAGCAGCUGGAUUUAAUGAAAGCGACCAGCAUGGAGAAGCUCUUAAAGGACGUGGAGCAAAAGGAACAGCACCUGCAGCUCCUUACUGAAGAUGCCAAGAGGGCUUCUAAACUGGGCCAGCUGCACCAGAAGAAAAUUCAGAGAGAACUCCGACAGGUGAGAAGCCGGCUUGCCCAUGAGCGUAGUAUGAAGCUGGAUGCUUUCCAGUGGGUAGAAGAGCUACAAAGUCAGCUUAAUGAUGCUGAGCAAUCCUCCACCCAAAGGAACUCACCUGGAGGCCUUAUGUCCCAAGCUCACUACUCCCUAAGUUCUGCUUCCACAUCAUCCAGAUACACCCAGCAACACCUUUUAAAGACUCAACUCAUGGGCAGCAAAAUAACAAGGAUUCAAAGGCCAAAGACUGUACCUAUUAAACACAAAAAAAGAACUGACGAUGUCUUCCUACCCAAUGUGGCAGAUACUGUUCAACUUUCAGCUUUUCAAGUUUAAACAGCUCCAUCCAGAAUCCCAUUUAGACCUGAUUGGUAA